AGAUUUCCCGAGCGCUCCUGGCGGCUAGAUCUUGAAGUAGCGUAAGUGAGACAUAUGUAAGGCGGUGGAAGUACUAGGCGCACGUGUUAGUGUUUAUUAUCACAUUUUCUGGAAUAAUGUCGAAGAUUCUUUCUGUUGUGGAUCCCAUGAACGUCACUAAAGGCUUUGUACGUCCAAUGCGUGAGGGCGAGCAAGUACUCGAGAGUGAUUUAAUUGUAUCAGUAGGACUAAAGGAAAAGAAAGAUAGUGUACUACACAUUCAGGCCCUCGUCCUGAGAACCUCGGGUCUUACUACUCAACAUCCUUAUUUAGUUGAACUUUGGGUGAACUUGGAAGAAGAAUAUGGAUCACGGUUGGUAAAAGACCAGUCUCUAGAGUGUGGCUGCCCAGCUGGGCAAUCCGAAAAAUGUAAACAUAUUGUAGCUGUUCUUCUCUAUCUAACAAGGGUGGAGGAAGCAGAAUUAGCUGAUCUAAGUUGCACAGACAUCGAACAACAGUGGGGAGCUCUCAAAGCCUCCACGUUGAAAGAAUAUGAAGCAAAACGACUAACAGAUUUGUGUCAUGUUAAACCACAAAGUAAUGUUUAUGUGUCUGCUAUGCCUGAAGUUACUAAGGACAUGGAGAAGAAAUGGGCUGAACGGCUAUCUCGUU